AUGGCAAUUCACCAUCAUCACAACUUCUUCAGGAGAAAGGCAGCAAGGAAUUUGGGGCAGAACAACCCCAUCCCCUUGUGCAAGCAGGCACCACAAACAAAAAUCAGACUUUCUACUCCAAAAUGUCUUGGUGGAGCACAAGCUAAUCUGCCUCAGCAAGGAGCCCAGAUUGAAAUCCAACAGGAAACAGGAAGCACAUACACUGAGGUUGUUCAACAGAAACAAAACACUUCUGCUACAGUUUUAUCUAAGGUGAACAUCAUCCAGCCAAUGUUGACAAAUCCAGUAAUAACACCUUCCAAUCCUGCUCACAAUGGCCGUGUGUGCAGCACAUGGGGCAACUUCCACUUCAAGACCUUUGAUGGAGACAUAUUCUCCUUUCCUGGGCUGUGUAAUUACGUUUUUGCAUCCCACUGCAAUACUCCCUAUGAAGAUUUCAACAUCCAGAUUAGGCGCGUAAUGGUGGAAAAUGCUCCAACAAUCAACCGUAUCACCAUGAAACUUGAAGGUGUAGCUGCUGAACUAACAAAGGAUGUCGUUAUGAUUAACAGCAACAGAGUUCAACUGCCGUACAGCCAAUCUGGAAUUACGAUAGAGAAAAGUAGCAUUUAUGUGAAAGUUGCUAGCAAAAUGGGUAUUGUGUUAAUGUGGAAUGAAGAUGACAGUAUUCUGCUGGAAUUGAAUGAGAAAUAUGCCAAUCAGACCUGUGGACUUUGUGGAGACUUCAAUGGCUUUCCAAUUUACAAUGAGUUCUAUUCAAACAAUAUUCAGAUGACAGCCUUACAGUUUGGGAAUAUGCAGAAAAUGGAUGGGCCAACUGAACACUGUGAAGACUUCACUUCUACCCUGCCAGAUAAUUGCACUGAUAAUUUUGAUGACAUAUGCCAGAAAACAUUGACCAGCUCUGCAUUUGCGGAGUGUAAUGACCUAGUUGAUGUUCGAGAGUACAUUAUGGCUUGCCAAGAUGACUUGUGCCGCUCUGAAGAGUCUAAAAAUGCCUCAUGUAUCUGUGACACCUUUGCUGAAUACUCCCGGCAGUGUGCUCAUGCUGGUGGGCAUCCUCUGAACUGGAGAACCUCAAAACUGUGCCCCAAGAAGUGUCCUUACAACAUGCAGUACCAGGAGUGCAGCUCACCCUGUGCUGACACAUGCACCAAUCCUGAACGAUCUCAGUUUUGUGAAGAACACUGUAUGGAUGGUUGUUUCUGCCCCCCAGGAACUGUAUUUGAUGACAUCAACAAUUCUGGCUGCAUUCCCCAACAGCAGUGCUCCUGUGUUUACAAUGGCAACACCUUCACAACAGGAACUUCUUUUUCAGAGCAGUGCCAUUCCUGUACCUGCAAUGGAGGCCAGUGGAGUUGCCAAGACAUGUCAUGCCCAGGAAUAUGUUCAGUAGAGGGAGGUUCACACAUUUCCACAUAUGAUAAAAAGCAUUAUGAUCACCAUGGAGACUGCACUUACAUCCUUUCUAAGGACUGUAAACACGAAACAUUCACCAUCCUGGUAGAACUACGCAAAUGUGGCCUAACAGACACUGAGACAUGCUUAAAGACAGUGACCCUCAACAUGAAUAAAGGACAAACUCUCAUCGAAGUCAAACCUGAUGGUGGUGUGUUUGUGAAUUCGAUCUACACUCAGCUGCCCAUCUCAGCAGCUAAUGCCACCGUGUUCAGACCAUCAUCAUUUUUCAUCAUCAUACAGACAAACUUUGGUGUCCACCUUGAAAUCCAAAUCAUACCAAUCAUGCAAGUGUUUGUGCGACUGGAUCCUGUUUUCAAAGACCAGACCUGUGGUCUUUGUGGAAAUUUCAAUAAUAUCCAAACUGACGACUUCCAGGUCAUAAGUGGAAUAAUUGAAGGAACAGCAACAGCAUUUGCUAAUACAUGGAAAACUCAAGCUACAUGCCCUAAUAUCCAGCACAGAUUUGAAAACCCUUGUGCACUCAGCAUUGAUAACGAAAAAUAUGCUCAGCAUUGGUGUGGACUACUAACUGACAGCAAAGGACCUUUUGCUGAUUGUCACUAUGCCGUGAAUCCCUCUGUUUACCACAUGAACUGCAUGUUUGACACAUGUAACUGUGAAAAUAGUGAGGAUUGUCUCUGUGCAGCCCUGUCUUCCUAUGUGAGAGCUUGUGCUGCAAAAGGAAUCCAGCUGCAUGGAUGGAGGACUGAUGUCUGCUCAAAAUACACCAUCUCAUGUCCCAAAUCACUGAGCUACAGCUAUACCAUCACUUCCUGUCAACCCACCUGUCGGUCUCUGAGUGAGCCUGAUGUCACAUGCAACAUUAAGUUUGUCCCAGUUGAUGGCUGCACCUGCUUAAAUGGAACCUACAUGGAUGAGAGGGGCAACUGUGUGCCUGCUAAUGAAUGCCCCUGCUACUACAGAGGAUCUCCCAUACCAUUUGGAGAAGUUGCCCAUGAAAAUGGGCUUGCAUG